AUGUACUCGGCCAGACUUGCCCCCCGGCUAUUACGACCGGUGGGACGUCAGUUCACCCGGAACGUCGUCUACCAGCGGGCUAAAACUAACGGUGCUUCCACCACGUCGGCAGCGUCGUCGUCGCUGGCAGCAGCGGCGAAGCUGGCCGGUGGCAAUGGCGACGCGUCUGAACCUUCGGCCGCCACCCCGUCCACCACGUCCAACACCACUAAUGUGACUCCCGGGAACGGGUUACGGUUUAACGAUGAGCCGUUGAGCGGUUCUGGAGCGCUGGGCCACUCUCCCCAGUCGACUGAUUGGUCGGAAUCUUUCCACGGUUUGGGGUCGAAACCGUUUGACCGCGAAACUAUCGAUAUCCUCUUGGCUCCCAUAAGCGAUACCGAUAUUGAGAUCAAGCCUGACGGGUUGUUGUACCUCCCUGAAAUCAAAUACCGUCGUAUCCUCAAUAGAGCUUUUGGCCCCGGUGGCUGGGGUCUCGCUCCGAGAACGGAGUCGUUAAUUAUCGACAAACAGAUCUCGAGAGAGUAUGCCCUUAUUUGUGAAGGCCGUUUAGUGCUGAUUGCUCGUGGCGAACAGGACUUCUUUGGUGGUAACGAUAAGGUGACGACCGCGUUAGAAGGGUGCAAGCUGAAUGCACUUAUGCGGUGCUGCAAGGACUUGGGGAUUGCCCUGGAGUUGUGGGACCCUCAGUUCAUUCGAAAGUGGAAACAAAAGUACUGUGAAGAAGUAUUUGUCGAACACGUCGGCACCAAGAAGAAGAAGAAGAUCUGGAAGCUUAAGCUGACCAAGGGCGUCGAAUACCCCUACAAAGCGUUAUAA